CUCGGGCACGCGUUUUACGUCGUUGCGUACGCGAUCGGCGGCGGCGCGAGCCGCUUUUUCUCUCUCUCUCUCACUCAGUGACGGACGGUGCCGAGCUCCUCAGGUGGGGUUCCGAAUCCAUGUAACUUAUUUAUAAUCAAAAUUUUAACCUCCCCUCCCCCUCCCACCCAGGACUUUUUAUUUAAAUUUUCCUUUCCACCCAGACCCCCCCUCUCCACUAAUUUUAAAAGCCGUUCCCGGUAGUUAUGGAUAAUAAGGCGUUCACCAAGGAGCUGGACGAUUGGAUCGAGCAGCUGAACGAGUGCAAGCAACUUAACGAGAACCAAGUGCGGACCCUGUGCGAGAAGGCUAAAGAAAUUCUUACAAAAGAGUCUAAUGUACAGGAGGUGCGAUGUCCAGUCACAGUUUGCGGUGAUGUCCACGGACAGUUUCAUGAUCUCAUGGAACUGUUCAGAAUUGGGGGCAAAUCACCAGACACCAAUUAUCUUUUCAUGGGAGAUUACGUUGACCGAGGUUAUUACUCGGUUGAAACUGUCACAUUACUCGUAGCAUUAAAGGUUCGUUAUCGGGAACGUAUCACAAUAUUACGAGGGAACCACGAAAGUAGACAGAUCACUCAAGUGUAUGGGUUUUACGAUGAAUGCCUAAGGAAAUAUGGAAAUGCUAGUGUUUGGAAGUACUUUACAGAUCUGUUUGAUUAUCUUCCUUUGACAGCCUUAGUGGAUGGUCAAAUAUUCUGUCUGCAUGGUGGCCUCUCUCCAUCCAUAGACACAUUAGAUCAUAUUCGAGCCUUGGAUCGUCUGCAGGAAGUGCCUCAUGAGGGUCCAAUGUGUGAUCUGCUGUGGUCAGAUCCUGAUGAUCGUGGUGGUUGGGGGAUUUCUCCACGAGGUGCUGGGUACACUUUUGGACAGGAUAUCUCUGAAACCUUUAACCAUGCAAAUGGUCUAACUUUGGUGUCUCGAGCUCAUCAACUUGUAAUGGAGGGAUACAACUGGUGCCACGAUCGAAAUGUGGUAACAAUAUUCAGUGCUCCAAAUUAUUGUUAUCGCUGUGGUAACCAAGCUGCUAUUAUGGAACUAGAUGACACAUUGAAGUAUUCUUUCCUUCAGUUUGAUCCAGCACCUCGCCGUGGAGAGCCUCAUGUCACUCGUCGUACUCCAGACUAUUUCCUGUAAAGAGUUCUUAAUUAUACACUAUAACCACGCCAGCAGUUCACCUGCUACAGAAAAAGCAACAAUAAUUUAAAUGUUUUUCUGAAAUUACUUCUGUUUGUCAAAACCUAAUAGCAUUAACACGGACCAAAUGUGCCAUACUGAAAGCAGUCCUACGCCUGGAGCAUUGAACACAAUUUUGAAAAGUAAUUUUUACUUUUUCUUUGUUUUGUUUCAGUAUGGAAAAUAUGGUAUUCAGUCUUAAUAGUUCUAUUUUGCUUGCUACUACAUGUCCUUUUGUUUUAUCUAGGAGACUGUGAAAUAUUGAUGUACAAAUGCUAUAAUAAACUGGUUCAAUUGCAACAGUCAUGACAUUUUUGGUUAGUUUUACCAGGCAUGUAUUGCUUUACAGUCCUUUUUCUUCCCAGUAAGAGGCACAUAACACCUGUUCUGAAUGUACACUAUGAACAUUUGAAAGGACUUGCAAUGUCCUUCUGGAGUGUUCGAGAAAAUGUCCCUUUUCAAUGUUUGGAUCACUGUUCUGUGUUACUGUACUUUUUUGUAUAUAUUUGACAUAAAAGUGCUUGCAACUUCAACUUGGUGUAUUUGAACAAUAAACUAAUUCAAAUAAUCA